UUCAUUUGGUAUUUCAACUUGAUAUAUAAAUGUUGACUGAAAGAAAAUUGUUAGUUCUCGAUCCAACUGUAAGAACUUAUCAGUAAAUAUGUUACUGCUUUUGUGUCUAAUAUCUGUUUCACUAUUUAGGGAAACACUUGAAUCCGACAUUGGUGGGCCAGAAAAUUUUCUCCUAGGAGCUGCAAAGGUAACACGCGACGAAGCAAAACAACUUUGUCAGGAGCAGUCGAUGAAACUUGUGAGCAUUCAAAACUCUGAGAAAAACGAAGACAUAUUCCGAUUAUUGCAAAAUAAUAAUUUGAGUGAUGGUGAGGGUGCCUGGACAUCUGGAAAUAAAAUUGCUGAUGGAACAACUUGGACAUGGUUGGAUGGAAGUAAAAUCACAUAUCUCAACUGGGGCCCUGGAGAACCCAAUUCGUAUGGAGGAAAUGAAAGUUGUAUAGAAGUUUUCAAGAGAAACACUGAUGCUUUUUGGAACGACCUUUCAUGUGACUAUAAACGUGCUUAUAUUUGCGAAAAAAUUGAAAAUCAAUGUAAUGAUACAAUAUUGGAAAGCAUUAGUGUCGAUGGUGAAAGUUGUUCCAUAUCUAGUUCAAAAGAUUCAGGUUCACCGAAUAAGAAGUUUUAUAUCAGUACUUACAAGGCCUCUUAUUCAGAAGCAAAGGAGAUUUGUUCGGCAAUGUUUAUGGAACUAGCCGAAUUGGAAUCUGAAGAAGAAAAUAAUAUGUUAUAUGGAAUUCUGAGUGGAAGAGAAACGACUCCCUAUUGGAUUGGAGGAAAGAGAGAAGUGAACCAAAUAUGGAAAUGGUCAAAUGGUAAACCCAUUAAAUGGUUUAACUGGAGUAAAGAAGAUCCUGAUCAUAAACACUUUGUUUAUGGUGCCCAAUGGUGUUUGGAAGUUAGUGUUGGGGGAAAUGCAUUGGUAUGGAAUCAUCGAAACUGUUGCGAAAAACGCCUUUUCAUUUGUGAGAAAAAGUCUCCUGUUGUGAAAAUUAUUGUAAGAGGAAAAUUGAUCAUUUCCGAUGGAUCAGGAAACACUCAAGGUGGAAAUAACUGUAAUGUGAUUGUUAAUAUAGAGGAGUGACAGCAAAUUAGGUCAAAUUUAUUCUCUGUUGAUUGAAAAAUUUCAUAUGUAUAUCAUACAAUACUCUAUAUCACACACAAAAUAAAUUUGGAGUGGAUAACCAUUUAUAUGGUUUGUAUAAAAAGCUGUUUUUGAGAUCAAAGCCAGCUAGUUACUACUUCAAAAAAUCAUAUAGAGAAGGUAAAAUAUGGUGAUGGCAAUAAAAACCAAAAUUUCGAUUGAAAAUCAG